CCCCGAGCGCGCCCCUCCCGCUCCGCUGAUUCGCAAUCGCGGCGGCUGGCAAGUCCCUGCGCUGCUGAGGAGCCGGUGUCGUGGCGAGACUAAGCCGGGCGUUGAGCGGAGGAGGACCCCGAGUGCGAGCAGUUGGGGAUCCCGAUAGUGGAGGCGGCUCCGGGCGCGAGUGGGCAGGGUCCAGGCUGCCUGCCGGCUGGGAGGGACAACGCACCGGGGCCUGCACCGUGUAUUGACUGAAGUUUAAUGAGAAGAUCGUGACCAGUUAGAAUUUUCUGCAAGGAAUGGAAUUAGCUCAUAGCUUAUUGCUGAAUGAAGAAGCGUACAGUCAACUAGGUGAAGUUCAGAAGGCAGAGUUUAUUUUUGAUUGGUUGAGAUAUUUGGAGAAGCUCUUGCUAGCAACCAGCAGGAGUGAUGUAAAGGAGAAACAGAAGACUCUUGUUGAACAGCUCCUAUCUUUGUUGAACAGCUCCCCGGGGCCUCCUACCCGCAAGCUCCUUGCUAAGAAUCUAGGCAUUCUUUAUAGUAUCGGAGAUACAUUCUCUGUUUACGAGACAAUCGAUAAAUGUAAUGAUCUUAUUCGUAGUAAAGAUGAUUCUCCAAGUUAUCUUCCCACUAAACUUGCUGCUGUGGUAUGUUUGGGUUCCUUGUACAAGAAGUUGGGUAGAAUACUGGCUAACACCUUUACUGAUACAGUGGGGAAUAUUCUUAAAGCUAUGAAGAGUGCAGAGUCUCAAGGUCGAUACGAGAUUAUGUUGAGUCUGCAAAAUAUAUUGAAAGGACUCGGAGCUGCUGCUACACCUUGCCACAGGGAUAUUUAUAAAGCUGCUAGAUCCUGCUUAACAGAUAGGUCCAUGGCCGUUCGUUGUGCUGCUGCAAAGUGCCUUCUUGAACUUCAGAAUGAGGCCAGCUUUAUGUGGACUACAGACCUGGACAGUGUGGCUACACUAUGUUUUAAGGCCUUUGCAGGUUCCAAUUAUGACGUGCGGAUUUCAGUUUCAAAGCUCCUGGGGACAGUGUUGGCUAAAGCUAUAAUUUCUAAACAUCCAGGAGCAGCAACCUCACGUCAAAACAUUCGCAGAGUAUCUUUGGAGGAAGUUCUGGAAUUACUAGGAACAGGGUUUCUACGUGGGAGUUCAGGAUUUCUUCGAGCCAGUGGUGAUAUGCUGAAAGGAACCAGUUCAGUCAGUCGGGAUGUUCGAGUUGGAGUUACUCAGGCUUAUGUGGUAUUUGUUUCAACACUAGGAGGAGCAUGGCUAGAGAAAAAUUUUGCCACCUUUCUUUCUCAUGUCCUAAGCCUUGUGUCACAGUCGCACCCUAAAGUCACCCAAACUCAGAUUGAUGCUGUCUGCGGUCGCCGUUGUGUUUCAUUUAUCCUUCGAGCUACUAUAGGAAGCCUUGGAGAAAAGGCUCAAGUUGCUGCUGCCAAGGAUAUUUGCCAGGCUGUCUGGAAGUUAAAGAAAGUUGUGGAUGCCAUGAUGAGUGAUGGUAAUUUGGAAACCCGGCUUGGCUCCACAGAUGUAGCAGCCAGCCAGCAUACGCUGGUAUGUGCUUUACAAGAACUUGGGAAUCUCAUUCACAGUCUCGGCACCACGGCUGCGCCUUUGCUGCAGGAUUCAAGUAUAGGCGUUCUUGACAGUGUCAUUGCAGUUAUUGUUCACCCUAGCCUUUCUGUUCGACUAGCAGCAGCCUGGUGUUUACACUGUAUUGCUGUGGCAUUGCCUUCUUACCUAACACCUCUUCUAGACCGUUGCCUCGAGCGGCUUACUGUACUUAAGUCUUCGCCCGAAGCAGUGACUGGCUUUAGUUUUGCUGUGGCAGCUUUGUUGGGAGCAGUGAAACAUUGUCCUUUAGGAAUUCCUCAUGGAAAGGGCAAGAUAAUUAUGACAUUAGCAGAGGAUUUGCUGUGUUCUGCUGCUCAAAACAGUCGCCUUUCAGCUCAGCGCACACAAGCUGGAUGGUUGUUGAUCGCUGCUCUGAUGACAUUAGGUUCUGCAGUUGUCAGUCAUCACCUUGCUCGUGUUCUGCUGUUGUGGAAGUGUGUCUUUCCAGUGUCUCCUAAAGAUCUAGAAACAGAAAAGAGCCGAGGAGACUCAUUUACAUGGCAGGUCACCUUAGAAGGACGGGCUGGUGCGCUCUGUGCUAUCAAGAGCUUUGUUUCCCACUGUGGUGAUCUCCUUACUGAGGAAGUAAUUCAGCGUCUUCUUCCACCACUUCCUUGUGCUGUGGAUUUGCUAACUCAGCUUUCUUCAAUACUGAAAACAUACGGAAGUCCUUUGAAAACACCAACAUUAGUUUAUAGGCAAAGGCUUUAUGAAUUAUUGAUUUUAUUACCUCCUGAGACCUAUAAAGGAAACCUCUCUGCUAUUCUCAAAGAGCUGGCUGCUGACUUGACUGCCCCUGAUAUACAGGUGGCAGCAUCCACAUUUUUACUUCCACCCCUCUGUCAUCGGGAUGAUCUUUUGUUAUUAAGUCCUUUGCUACAAGAGACUGAUCAUAGAUUUAUUGAGGAACAGCUCCUUCUAUGUAAUGGUAUUGCUUGUGGAAGUCUCGAAUAUGACCCUUACUCUAUUUAUGAGAAAGAUGUAGAGGGAAAUUCAGUGCCUAAGCCCCUACCUCCAUCACUAUCAGUUAUUAGCUCUGCAGUCAAGCUCUUUGGAGUCUUAUGUGCUCAUGUGGGAGAAGCUCAAAGGCUUCUUAUAUUGGAACAGCUUUUGGAUAGUAUAAAGCACACAAAAGGAGCUCGUCAACAAGUAGUUCAGUUGCAUGUCGUUUCUUCCGUUUCUAGUUUCUUGAAGUAUGUGGCUGGCUCCAAGAGAAAUUUGGGUCCAGAAGAAAUCAGAAGACCUGUCCUAGCAUUAGUGAUGGGUGCCUUAGAAAGUCCCAGCCCCCUCUUGAGAUGUGCAGCUGCAGAGGCAUGGGCUAGGUUAACUCAAGCGGUUGAUGAUGGAACUUUUACUGCUGCAUUAGCUCAAGUUAGCUUUGACAAACUGAAAUCAGCAAGGGACGUGGUUACCAGAACAGGACACUCAUUGGCUUUGGGAUCCCUACAUAGGUAUUUAGGAGGAAUCAGUUCUUCUCAACAUUUGAAUUCUUGUGUUGGAAUCCUUUAUGCUUUGUCUCAGGACAGCACUUCUCCUGAUGUGCAGACCUGGGCAUUACAUGCUCUAUCACUGAUAAUUGAUUCCGCUGGCCCACUCUAUUAUAUGCAUGUGGAACCUACCCUUUCUCUUAUUAUGAUGUUGUUGUUAAAUGUGCCUCCUACUCACGCUGAAGUUCACCAAAGUCUUGGUCGUUGUUUGAAUGCCCUUAUUACUACUUUGGGUCCAGAGCUACAAGGUAACAGUACUUCAGUUUCUACCUUCAGGACUUCCUGUCUGUUGGGUUGUGCAGUGAUGCAAGAUAACCCAGACUGCCUUGUUCAAGCUCAGGCCAUCUCUUGCCUUCAGCAGCUUCAUAUGUUUGCUCCACGACAUGUCAACUUGUCUAGCCUUGUCAGCUGCCUCUGUGAGAUCUUGUUGGAUAAUUCUGUGUUGGUGAAUCUUUGUAGUCCCUAUUUGUUACUGAGAAGAGCAGUACUGGCUUGUUUACGUCAGCUUGUGCAGAGGGAGGCAACUGAAGUUUCAGAACAUGCUGUUAUGCUUGCUAAGGACAGCAGAGAAGAGUUGACUCCAGAUGCUAACAUCAGAGAAGUGGGCCUUGAAGGGGCAUUACUGAUCUUACUGGACAAAGAGACAGAUCAGAGAUUGUGCCAUGAUAUCAAAGAGACUUUAAAUCAUAUGCUGACAUCGAUGGCAGUAGAUAAACUUUCUUUUUGGUUAAAGCUUUGUAAAGAUGUACUUGCUGCAUCAGCGGAUUUUACAACCAUAACUUGUGUGGAUACAAUGCAAGAAGAGGAAGGAGAUAAAGGGGAUGAUGCCUCAGUUCUGACCACCAGAAAUGAUGAUAGAUCCCAUCCUUUUACCAACCCCCGAUGGCCUACUAGAGUCUUUGCUGCUGAAUGUGUCUGUAGGAUAAUUAACCAGUGUGGGAAUGCGCACAGUGCACAUUUUGACAUUGCUUUAGCACAAGAAAUGAAAAAAAAGGAUUCAAGAAAUGACUUUUUGGUGCUGCAUCUUGCCGACUUAAUUCGCAUGGCUUUUAUGGCUGCCACAGAUCAUAGUGACCAGCUCCGUCUUUCUGGCCUUGAAACUUUGUUAGUUGUUAUUCGGCGAUUUGCAGCUAUUCCAGAACCAGAGUUUCCAGGUCAUGUGAUUUUGGAACAGUAUCAAGCCAAUGUAGGAGCGGCACUUAGACCAGCCUUCACUUCAGAGACACCACCUGAUGUCACUGCCAAAGCUUGUCAGGUUUGCAGUGCCUGGAUAGCAAGUGGAGUUGUAAGUGACCUUAAUGAUCUCCGAAGAGUUCAUCAGUUGCUUGUUUCAUCAUUAACAAAAAUACAGGCUGGAAAAGAAGCUCUUAGUCACUUAUAUAAUGAAAGUGCUUCUACCAUGGAGAUCUUAGCUGUGCUAAAAGCCUGGGCAGAGGUCUACAUAAUUGCUGUAGAAAGACACAAAAACCAUAGACAACCUUUGAAGACUACCACCUGUUCAGAAGAGAGUGUUAGAAAUGGGUCGCACUCAUCAGAUGGGCUGCGGGAUUUGGUCCACACAGACCUGGCUACCCUGAGCAGGCUCUGGCUAGCUGCGCUUCAGGAUUUUGCUCUCUUAACUUUGCCUUCAGAAUUUGCCUCCCAACUUCCUGUUGAAGGUGGUGCUUUCUACACAGCAGAGACGAGUGAAAAUGCAAAAUUGCAUUAUUACAACUCGUGGGCACUUAUCCUCCACGCCACAGCAUUGUGGCUCACGAGCACAGGCUUUGUUGUUGCCGACCCAGAUGAAGGAGCAUCUAACCUCUCAAGGCCUGUAACACCCACUUCCAUGUGUCAGGGUUCCUCAUCAGGAGCUGCAGUCAAGUCCCCUGAGGAUGUCUACACUGAUAGAUUCCAUCUUAUUUUAGGAAUCAGUGUGGAAUUUCUGUGUUCCUUGCGCUCAGAUGCAACCAUGGAAAGCAUCACUGCUUGUUUACAUGCAUUACAGGCACUUCUAGAUGUUCCUUGGCCCAGAUCUAAAAUUGGCAGUGACCAGGACUUGGGUAUCGAGUUAUUGAAUGUACUGCACCGAGUAAUUUUGACCCGAGAAUCACCUUCCAUUCAAUUGGCUUCGCUUGAAGUGGUAAGACAGAUUAUCUGUGCAGCUCAAGAACACGUGAAGGAGAAAAGACGAAGUGCAGAAGUUGAUGAUGGGGCUGCUGAAAAGGAAACCCUGCCAGAGUUCGGAGAGGGAAAGGACACAGGAGGACUUGUGCCUGGGAAAUCUUUGGUUUUUGCAACAUUGGAAUUGUGUGUCUGCAUUCUAGUUAGACAGCUUCCAGAACUAAAUCCUAAAUUGACAGGUAGCCCGGGAGUAAAAGCUACAAAGCCACAGAUGCUGUCAGAAGAUGGAAGUAAAUUGGUUUCGGCUGCAUUAGUUAUCCUCUCUGAACUUCCUGCAGUAUGCUCUCCUGAAGGAAGCAUCUCCAUUCUCCCUACUAUUUUGUACCUCACCACUGGGGUCCUCAGAGAAACUGCUGUGAGGUUACCUGGCUGCCAGUUAUCUUCCCCAGUCGCAGCUUCCCUGCAGGCUCUGAAAGGAAUCUUGUCUUCUCCCAUGGCCAGAGCAGAAAAGAGCCAUGCUGCGUGGACUGACCUUCUCCGUAGUGCUUUAACAACAAUUCUUGACUGUUGGGAUCCAGUAGAUGGAACACAUCAAGAACUUGAUGAAGUCAGUCUGCUUACUGCUAUCACAGUAUUUAUUUUGUCUAGCAGUCCAGAAGUAACUACCAUCCCAUGCCUUCAGAAGCGCUGUAUUGAGAAAUUUAAAGUUACUCUUGAGACAAAAGAUCCUAUGGUACAAAUCAAGACCUAUCAGCUCCUACUUUCCAUUUUUCAGUAUCCGAAUCCAGCUGUUUCCUACCCUUACAUUUACUCUUUAGUAUCCUCUAUCGUGGAAAAACUCCAGGAAAUAGACAAGAGAAAACCUGAAGACACUACUGAGUUUCAGGUCUUUCAAGAAGGCAUAAAGGUCUUGGAAGCGCUGGUCACCGUUGCUGAAGAGCAGCAUCGCGCUCAGCUGGUGGCCUGUCUCCUGCCCAUCCUCAUUUCCUUCCUUUUGGAUGAGAAUGCUCUGGGAUCAGCAACUUCCAUAAUGAGAAAUUUACAUGACUUUGCUUUACAAAAUCUCAUGCACAUUGGGCCUCAGUAUUCAUCAGUGUUUAAAAGUGUAAUGGCUUCCUCUCCAGCCCUGAAAACCCGCCUUGAGGCUGCUAUAAAGGGCAAUCAAGAAAGUGUCAAAGUCAGGAUACCAACAUCUAAACACACUAAGCACCCUGGAAAGAAUUCAAGCAUCCAAUUAAAGACUAAUUUCCUCUGAUGGGUUUUUUUUUUUGGUUUUUGUUUGUUUGUUUGUUUUUUGUGUUUUUUUUUGGCUAGUCAGCACCUUAAUACAGUUUGGGGACAAAAGUGACAUUUUAGAUACAAGUGCACUUGGAGGUCUGGUUGAUGGUUUUCAUUUAAAUAGCUGUGACUUUUCAAAAUAAUAGCAAACUUAACAUCUUUGUGGGGUUUUUUUCCAUUUAAUAAAACCACAGAACUCUGUCAAAAUUCUUGCCAGGAAUUUCAAGAAAGUGCUAAAAGAACUGAACUAAACAAUCUGCUGCUUUAAAAAUGAAAUGAAUUUCUUUGACAGCCCAUACACACAUGGUAUACUUAAUACUAUGACAGAUAACUUUGACCCUAUUAUAAACUAUCUACAUUUAUCUUAUAUCCCACUGCUAAUUUAAAAUUCUGCCUUAUUCAGUAAUUGUACUAAACUUUCUUGGAUUUCUCAAACAACAUAAAUGAUUGGAACGCUAUUUAGGACAUUUAGUUUAGAAUUCUUCACUAUAAUAGUACACAUUGUUAUAAUGACAGCCCUACAGUAUGACUUAAGAUUGGGUGUCUAUAAAUAUCAUGGAUUUUCACCAUGUUUUGGUUUUGUUUGCAUUGGGUUCAGAAAAUGGAAAUUUUCACUUAUUUUAAAUAGAAUAGGGCAUCUACAAUUUCUCAAAUGGAUUUUCUGUUACCUCGAUUCCGAACAAUUUUGUUCAUUUUCAUUUGUGGCAAACAUUCAUACCGAUGAGUUUAAUAUAGAUUCGUAUCUAUAUUUAGAUCAGUUGUGGGUUUAUAUAAAUGUCAAAUUUAGAUCAUCAACAAAGACAAGUAUGUUUUUUUAACAUGAAACAUUUUGAUAAAGAAAAAAAUCUAAUAUAGUCAUAUUAGUUAUAAAACAUUUUUUAACUUUUGGUGAUCACUGACUCUCCUUCCACUUAAUUGGUAUACUCUGAAUCAAGCACUAUGUCAAAACAAAGCAUUUCCCUGUUAAACAUUAAAAAUCGAAGUGAUAGGGGCAUGUUCAGAAUCGAGAAAACACUUUUGAGUCAAGCAAGAGCAAUGUGAUGUACUCUAUUUUAUUACGUUUGUAUAUAAAUACUCUUGUAAAUUGUUCAGAAUGAAAACAUUUGACAAGUACUACAAUCAAUUUUUAUAAUUUACAUAAAUAAAGCUAAUUUUCUUUA